AUGCGACGAUAUCGCGCGCUCUAUAACAGGCGCUACGCAGAGAACAGCCCCAAGGCUAAGCCUCUUGACCAUAUUCUCAAACUGGCAAACGAUACUUUUGGUCAUUUGGCUUCUCAACCGAUCUAUCAUGGUGAUGUGGAAAAUGCAAAGCCACCACUUUCUAUCUAUACCACACCUUGUCAGCCAGGCAUAUCACUUCUAAGUACUCUGCGCUGUCAAGUCUAUCUAUGUCGAGAACAAAAGGAGGAACACAUUUACUUUAUUCGGGAUCUUGCAAGGUACUUCGCCCUAUCUUGGGAGAAUCCUCAACCCAUGAAACCAAAAGAACUACUCUACAUCCGUCAAGCAGGAAUUCGCUAUCAACUUCGACAAUUCAAAGAACUUGAAGUAACACCUUCUAUCCUUCCAACCGAAAUGAUAGAUGAACUCAUAGAGCUUCUGCCCCAAUUGUUCAGUACCGAAUAUCCCUCCGUCUUAACGAACGGUAAUCUAUCUCUAGCAAAUAUCCGUAUCGAUGAGGAAACACGUCAAAUCACAAGUAUUGUCGACUGGUCUCUAACAAAAGUCUUGCCCUUUGGUAUGGAUCUUGAUAUCCUUUCCCUUGUGACAGGUUAUAUGGGCUUAACGGAAUGGAAAGAUUACAAUUGUAAGAGGGUGCUGGUGGAUUGCUUUUGGGAAGAGUUCUUCGCUUGUUUGCCGAGGACUGUCCUUACACGGGAUGUUAGUCUGGAAGAUAUUAGAUUUCUUGCAGAACAGGCGGCUAAAGUUGGGGCUAUUCUGAGAUAUGGAUUUAAGAGACGGGCAGAUGGAUCUUCGGAUGGAGAGGUUUCGAUUUCUGAUAGAGAAAUUGUGCAGCUUAGAGCGUGGUUUGGGGUUUAG